CUCCCGCCCCCCAGAGAAGGAGGGUUGAGGGCGCGCAGGGCUCUGGAAUGGGCUACGAGGUGACCCUGCCCGAAUCCCGGUAGCUCGUGGGGGCCGGUGGUGGCGCCGGCCAGGGAAGAAAGGCUGCGGCGGGAGCUCCAGUGCCCCGGCUACCCGUGGGUGUGGCGGCGCGCCCCUUGCCGUGCGGCCGUGGGCGGGGCGGCAGCUGAGCCCGGGAGCAGGAGCGACUCUGCGGGGCCCCGGGUGUGGUGGGUGGGUCCGCGGUACUUGGGAUGUGCUUCGAUGUUUGAUGUUUUGCUUUGAUUUUGGUUGGGGUUUUUUUGUUUGUUUGUUUGUUUGUUUUAAUCUUUCUCUGUGUAGGAAUGCUUUCUGGAUGAGACAACGGGACAGCUGGCACCUGGUUGGAAAACAACGUGUUGAGAUGCUGCCAAGGGAACAGCUUUGUCCUGGAAGAAUUCCCCCCGCAGCGCUUCCACCCGGGCAGGCUUGCCCACUCCCGGCUGUUGGCGGCAGCUUGGCUGGCUGUACCAGCCCCGGGCUAGCGGCUACUGCCGCUGGGAAAGCCUGUCCCAGCCUUAGGAACGGCACCAAACAGGUCCCUGCACGGGGUCGUGGCGUGGCGCCCAAAGAUGCCGAAGUUUGCAGGUUUUCACUCCGAAGCAUUCCGUAAAUAGCGACCUGCACGAAGAAGGAGGAGGAGGAAGACGCGCACGCAAAAGAUUCGGUUCAGUUCGGCUUUCCCGGCUUCCCUGUUACCUUCUGGAGCGUGUCCUUCUGCAGUUGCCUCUGGGCACAGCAGCUACAGCACGGGGAUUAAAUCAUCCAUCAGCAACUGUUCCUAAUAAAGCCAAAGUCUGUAACUCCACUAUUUUGAGAACCCCGUAUAAGAAUGGAUUAUUUGAAACUGCAAAAGUCAAUAUUUUAUAGAGCAAGUGAAUUACAAAGGCAUUCAAAUGAAAGCCUGAACAGCUUCAUAGAACAAGAUUUUUAGGUGUAUAUUACCAAAGGCUGUUUCAGAAUUGAUGUUUUUCCCCAAGGUGAAGUUUAACAGGUUCUUGUUCAUUGAUAAUGUUUUGAGAAACACAAGGGAUGUUUUUUAACAGCCAUCUAGCAAAUUUUCUUAAUUUAAUUUGUGUUUAAUACUGCUAAUGUCAAUUAGACAUGAAUCAUUAACUGCAAUUCACAAAGCUAGAGGAAACUUUGUCUCUUAUCAAAAAACUGGAAGUUCACUCCAGGUCACUUUCAGUUCUACAAACCGCACCUUUGAUAGGAAUCUCCUUAUCUGAUAGAAGACAUUGAAUCACAUGCAAGGCCAAAGUAAUUGUUCCCAAAAGCUUGGCAUAUGGCAAAUAAAACUACAGAAGACAAGCCUUUAAGGAGAGAGAAACAGCGAUGGCUAGGGAUCCUGUAGUUAAGGCAAUAAGAGGAGUUUUAAUGAAGUUCUAAUAAAAUGUGCUAGUUUUGCUUGAUAAGACAGAAGAGGUGUUAGGCAUGUGGAUUUCAUGAGCCUCUACUGAAUUACUGUUUUUCAGAAUUUACACAAAAGAGUGAUUAAAAAUAGCUGAAUUUCUAUGAUUCAUUCUACUUAGGAAGAUGACAUUUGUUUCAGAGAGCCCUGCAUUGCAGACAGUGAGCAGUGGAUCCUAUGUGUACUUUUGGAAAAAGGUACAUUUACAUAAAAUUAAUGUUUUUGCUUUCAAGGACCAUUUGGACCAUUUUUCUAUCAGCAAGUGCGUUACUUUCUCCUGUCUGUUCUCCUGUUUCUAGUUCUGCGGGCUCACUAGGGGCUGGAAACCCCUCGCAGAAGCUGAGAAUCAGGAAAAGAACAGGAAACUGAGUAGGAGACUCAGUACUCAGGACAGGAAAGAACAGGAAACUGAGUACUCAGGAAACCUGAGUAGGUGACAAACUGAAACAUAAGAUAGAGUGCACAUUCUAGAAGUGAUAAUGUAAGAAUGCCAAUUUGGUAUCUUUAAACAAGAAGUUGCUCUGGGUACCUUUAAAAAAUGAAAAACAUAAUAAACACUUCCUGACGUCACCACAUGCCCCUCCCACCAGGCUGCACAGGCUCAGUCCCAGCCAAGGGGCCCUACUUCCAAAGAAAACUUGUUAAACUUGUUGUCCAUAUGUAAAUAAUAAUUUGUGAAUAAUUCGACCCAUAUCAUAGUUUGUUUGAGUUUUGGGGUUUUUUUGUUUGUUUGUUUGUUUGUUUUUUUCUCCAAGAUGAUUGUGUUUAGGAGUUCAACAUUUGGAACUCUCUGAUGGUUUUUUCCUGCAUCUCCACUGGUAUCUCAAUGGGUUCCUUUUUGGCUGUGUUAGCAUUAUGAGAGAGCAGGUGAGCUUCCUGGGUGCCCAAGCUGUUUCCUCAUACUGAGGAAGACCUAAGGCUUACUGCUGUUUUUCUUUUCUACAGCUGGAGAGAGACCUUGCAGGGGAUGGGAAUCAAAUCUAGGCAAUCAGGAGUAGGUGACCUGCCUGCACAGGAAGUCAUCUGCUCCAUCUUUUACAUGUAGCCCCUGAAAACUAAUCUUGGAGAUUUCCUUCUCACUUGCACAGAAUAUAUUAUUACUUUGGUGGCUGACUUUUUUCCCCCUUUAUCCCAGUAAGAGAUUUAUUACAAAGUGAUACCUAUAAUAUAUUUCAAGCUCAAUUGUGUUGAGGAAUAUUUCUCACAAAGGUGUCUUGUCAUUCUGUAAUCCACAGAAUGAAAUGCACAUUGGGCUCCUGGUUGGACCUCGAGACUAUGAAUUCCCAUCUUUUGGGAUAACAAAGGACAUGAAGACAGGUGACUGCAGGCAGGUGAAUGGCCAGCUGAGAGUAACAGCAGGGGCUGGUGACUGCCGACCCUUUGGAUAAGGUGACGCCAGUGCGAUGUAUGAACAAAGAGCAGGGAAGCAGGAGAAGACGAGAAGGAAGAGCGGGACUGAUGCCGUGGGACAGACUCUGAGGCAUCUGUUGAAGAUUGUGUCAAAAUGGAUCGUGAGUAUAUGACGAAGAUCAACCAUUACUGUCAAACGCGUAAACUUAAACUGGUUUAUGAAACCGUCGAUAUGACAGGCCCAUCUCAUUAUCCUGAGUUCACAGUUGUUGUCAAAAUAAAUGGUCAGAAAUAUGGUACAGGCACUGGUAAAAGUAAAAAAGAAGCAAAAGCAGUAGCAGCAAAAGAAACAUGGGAGAUGAUUGAGGAACAGCAGAGGAGCGCCUCAAAUAUGGCAGCUGCAGAGUUAACGACAAGUCAACCGACCUCAUCACCUGAACAAGACGAAAAUUACGUUGGCCGAUUAAAUAAUUUUUCUCAAAGGACGGGUCUAUUAGUUGAUUAUCCAAACAGAAAUCGUACUGGAGGUGACCAUGCGCCCACGUAUACUGUUAGCUGUACAAUUAGUGGUUAUGUGUAUGGAAGGGGCGCUGGACCUACCCUAGCUGCUGCAAAACAAGCUGCUGCAAAGGAAGCAUAUGAGAAGAUGGAAAUCGAAAGAUCUAAUGGCAGUUGUACAUUUAGCAAAUACAGCAAUUCCUCUCAAGUGCCAGCUGAGUCUGACUCGGAUACAAACAGCAUUUGCUUUGUGGACUCAUCUGCAAAAUUGGUAGAAAAAAUGAAAGACAUGGCAAUAUAUGAAAAGCCUUCACCUUUUCAGAGAAAUGCACAAAGUUAUGUCCUGAAGUCCGGAAGAAAAUUGGCAGCUAAUUUUGCUAAUAUAAGAAACAAGGAAGAGGAAAAAAAUAUGCCAGACCCAAAUGCAAAUUUGCCAGAUGUGAACACAAAUACCGGAGAAGAGAACGGGAGUCCACACACUGUCAAUAAAACAUUUCUCGAACUUUUUGAAAAAAUAGAGCCUAUUGGUGCAGGUGGUUUUGGGAAUGUUUUCAAGGGAAUAUCAACAUGUGAUAAGACAACCUAUGCAAUCAAACGAGUUGAAUUCACAAAGAAAGUAGAGCGUGAAGCACAAGGACUGGCAAGACUUACACAUGAGAACAUAGUGCGCUAUCAUUGCAGCUGGAAAGGGGAAGACCAUAUGAAGUACUCAGACUCAAGCCAGAAUUCAGGCAAAAAAAUUCUCUGUCUUUUCAUCCAAAUGGAAUUCUGCGAACAAGGGACAUUGGAAAACUGGAUUGCAAAACCUAGCAAAGACCGAAAGUAUUAUGAAAUGGCACAAAAGAGAUUUUUACAAAUAGUGAAAGGAGUGGAAUAUAUUCAUUCUGAAAAGUUAAUUCAUCGAGACCUCAAGCCUCAGAAUAUAUUCAUAUCACAUAAUAAAAUAAAAAUAGGUGACUUCGGUCUUGUGACUUCUGUGGCAUUUGAGACUCUGACUGAGAACAGAGGAACAAAAUCGUAUAUGGCACCAGAACAGAGUGGGGUCAGAUAUGGAAAGGAAGUAGAUAUUUAUGCAUUGGGAUUAAUUUGGUUUGAAAUUCUUUCGGCAAUCACUCAUCAUGAAAAAUCUGAGAUAUGGCCUUCUGUGAGAAAAGGUGACCUUCCAGAGUGCUUCAACAACCAUUUUUCAAUAGAGGCACCCAUAAUCAAAAAGAUGCUUUCAACGGACCCUUCAGCAAGAAUCACUAUAUCUCAUUUACUUGACCUUCUUAAGUCUGUUGAUAAAGAGAAGGAACUUAGAAAUUAUUCUUAUUAAAUGUCCUUUUGCACUGUGUUUAAAUCCAGAGUUUGAUGAAUUUAUUACAGUCGAUGAAAUGACAGCAGAUGUUAGAAACAAGACUUGGGGUGUGUCUUUUCCUUGGCCACAUCAGCAUUCAUGUCUGCCAGCUGCAAGACAGGGCACUUCUGCAAGAAAUCACAUGCAAUUUUUACCUAGAAACAUAGGUUAUGGGUGAGCUGGACUGCUUUGUACAAUAAGAACCUGGUCCUUUUCCCUUCAAAGAUCAUGUUGAUGUGCUGAACUGCUAACUGGGUUGUGGCAAAUCCCUGCAUGUGUUGCAUCCAUUAUUCCUUACUAUCUAUUGCUUUCCAUGGAAGAACUGUUGUCUGGUGGUAUGCAACUCAAACCUUUCUGAUUUGUUCAGUGAUAUUGUUAGUAAUUACUGCAAUGCUCCCAUUAGUACCAAGGCUAGUUCUGGCAGAAAAGAUUCUAGGAAUAGGUGCACAUUAUUCUUCACUUUAAGUACUUUAAAGUACUUUUAAGUUUUCUUAUCUCUUCACAGCUGCUGCUGACCUAGCAGCUUCAGUGCUCUAGAAUUUAAACUUGUAAAAUGAGGAUUUCUUAAGAAUUUAAAUGUUAAACACUUAGCUUCUAGGAAAUCAAAUUUAGAACAAAUCUCAAUUUUUUUAAAAAUUUAGAUUUGUAUGGUUGUCUUUUUUGGAAAGGAACAUUCAAGGUGCUAUUAAUACAGGAAAAUUCUCCAAUUGCCUCAGUAGUAACCAUUUGAAAUCCUAGGCCAAGAGAGCACUUUAAACAUUCCCAUGCUUCUAGGUUUUAGUCCCUUAUUGUAAUACUGAGGCAUGCCUAACCCUUAAUAACUGUACUUAGUACGUCUGAUGUGCCCACUGCUAGCCCCACAGAAGGGAACAACAGGUUCUCUGCUGCUUUUCAGUUGUAUCCUUCAGAGUUCAGCCUUGCCUGAACUUGAAAUACUCUGUGUGGUGUGGGGCAGCAGGGUGAAAAAACAGGCACAUUGGACCUUCAGGGGCUUGUCUUUGAGCUCUAUCUUGUCAAACUGUUCAUUGAUGUGGGGUCAACAUAACUCCAGAAGAGCAAAUGAGCAGAGAUUUCUAAGCAGAAAAAUAGGUAAUAUGUGAACUACUGUAUGCUUUCUCUGAAAUGUUAAAUGGGUUAAAAGUGGGUGACUGCUCUAAAAGAAUUAAUACAAAUGAAGAUAUUUAUAUUCUUAGGAAAAUUACUGAUGUUCUGGUGCAAGUAUUUGUUGCUAAAUAAGAAUGUGAUUGUAUGUACUUUUGUAAGGCCUUACACUGCUUUCUUUUUUUCUCUUUAUCAUGAAUUACAUACAUAAAAUCAUAGAAUGGUUUGGGUUGGAAGGGACCUUAAAGAUCAUCAAGUUUCAAUCCCCCUGCCCUGGGCCAGGGAUCUUCUCAGUAGAUCACAUAGCUCAAGAUCUUGUUCAGCCUGGCUUUGAACACUGUCAGCGAUGGGGUACAGCUUCUCUACGAAACCUGUUCAGUGCUUCAUCACCUUCACAAUAAAGAAUUCUUCCUACUAUCUUAUCUCAACCUUUCUAAGCCAUUCCCCUUGUCCUGUCACUACAUGCCCUUAGAAAAAGUCCCCUUCCAGUUCUCUUGGCAGCCCCCUUUAGGUACUGAAAGGUUGCUCUAAGGUCUCCAUGGAGCCUUCUCUUUUCCAGAAUGAACAACUCCAACUCAAGCAACUUCACUUGCCAGUUCCCUAGGGACCAGUGGAUGCAUGUCAACAUGCAGGUCCCAUGGAGUUGUGCACUUCUAGGUUCUCUAGAUUUUCUUGAAUCUGAUCUUCUCCUUGACAUCCCUAGCCAGAUUGAAUUCCACCAGGGUUUUAUGCUCUCCUAACCUUAUCCUUGACUGGAAUUCAUAAAGUAUUUCACUAUGCUAGACUAAUGAGUAUUUUUUUUGCAGCAGUCAAGAUCUGUGAGAAAUUAUAUAUCCUUACAGACAAAAUACUACUAUUUCUGCUUUCUCUUUAAUCUAUUGGGAUAAAAUUAACAUAUAGUUGGGACUUGAUGAUCUUAAGAGGUCUGUUCCAACCUAAACAAUUCUAUGAAACUAUUCAUAAUAUGAAAAUGGAUAAGUGACAAUAUCUUCGUUGCAUUUCCUUUACAGUUUUCGGACAGAGCAAAGUAGUAUCAUUACCUUGUUGCUGUUAAGUAAUACUGAGUUUGUACAAGUAGUUUGUGAUAUAUUUUCUCUGCAUAGUAUUUCUAUACUUCAGCAUCAACUUUUUAUAAAUGGCUAGUUAUAGUAGCAACUGCUGUUAACAAAAAACAAAAGGUCUAUUAAAAUAUAUCUUUAUGUAAAAAGUGAAAACCCACCAUCAUGAUCUAAUUCUAUUUAAUUAUGGAAAAUAUGCACGUUUAUAUACAACAGAUUAUUGGUUCAAGUAAUGUCACUGUCAUGUUUCACAAGCUUUUUUUUUACCCACCAAAUUUAAGAUAGUAAGCAAAACCACUCUGGUAUUUAGACAUCUCUGUAAAGAUGAAAAAACCCAGUUUUACACGUUAUACAAUAAAGUGAUUGGCCAAUA